AUGUUUAGAUUGAUGCCAGGCUGCGCAGACUUCCUGCGUUGCAUCCACGGCAUCCGCGCCUGUUCCAUCCAUGUAGACAUUGCGGGACGCUGGCAAGUCAGCUCCUGCGGCCGCGUUUGCAACACGCGAGGCCAAAUCAGCUUCGGAAACGCUUCUUUCGAUGGUUACCGGCGGGUAAUAAUAGAGCAACGGUCCCUGCUGGUGCAUCGACUGGUCGCUCGGGCUUUCCUGGGCAUCCCCCCAAGCCCGAGUCAUUCGCAGGUCAACCACAAGGAUGGCAACCGAUCGAACAAUCGUGUGCAAAAUCUCGAGUACCUAACUCCCACGGAGAACAUGGUGCAUUCUUAUGCCAAUGGUCGCAACUGCUUUUCAAAGCCUGUGCUUUGGCGGCGAGUCGGUGACAGUUUUUGGAACUUGUGCCGCUCACAAAGCCAAAUGGCACGCGAGCUGGGCGUGCACCAGUCUUCUGUGUCCAGAAUCUGCAGACAAGGGUUCGGUCAGACUGUGGGCUUCGAGUUCAAGUUUGCUGAGCAGGAUUCUGAUGCCAUCAGGCACGAAGUUUACGCUGGCGACUAUAGUGGUGAGGAGUGGAGGCAGGCCUGUCACCCAAAAACUGGUGAGGCCAUUGACCACAUGAUGGUCAGCACCCUUGGGCGUGUGUCCAAGUCAACAGGUCGCAUUUCACAUGGGACACUGAAUGCGGCAGGGUAUUGCGUGACCAAUGGGAAGGACGGAUCAUUUCGGGUUCACCGCUUGGUCGCUGCGACAUUCCUCGGGCUUCCCAUGUCUCCAAGCCUGCAAGUGCACCACAUUGACGGAAACCGCAGGAACAACUGCAUAAACAACUUGGAAUACGCAACGCCUUCGGAGAAUUGCUUGGAUGCUCAGUCUCGAAGCAAAGGAUAUCGUUCAGGCAAGCCGAUACUUGGACGCUGUUGCAGUGAGAGCGCAUGGGUGCGGUUCUCUUCCGUGUCUGAAGCAGCGCGUGCUGCUAACGUCUCAUUUCAUUUCGUGGUCUGGGCUUGCAAACACGAGGCGGCACUUCGAAAUGGCUGGACCUUCAAGCCAGUCAUGUCCACAGAUGUCCCAGGCGAGGAGUGGCGAGAUGUGAUCAUGCCUGAUUGUUGGGUACGUGUUUCUGUCUCAGAGGUGCUUGUCUCUGCCAGCUGGCGUCGAACACCAAGCCAGCGACAGUUCACUAACACGACUCCUGGUGUCUGA